GUAGCGGUGUUUGGUAAUCUUAGGAUUGUUUCCUCUCUUUUCUUGUUUCUAUUUUUGUGGUUGCAAAAAUUCAAAAAAAAAACCAUUGUUAGGGACUUAAUUAUUUCAUCUCUUGUAUGCAUGUGUGAUAUCUUCUCUAUUUCCUGUGUUUUUUGAUGGUAUUUGCAUGAGUGUUUCAGGAAAGACCAGGAGAUCUGUGUGUGAUCAGCAGCUUUAGAGAUUCAGUGUGACCAGACCUUCAGACUUGAUGAGCAACAUGGAGAAGAACACUGAAAAGACUCUCAGAGAGUUUUGGGCACCAGAUUUAUCAGUUGAUUCUUUCUGCAUUCAUUAUCCUGAUUUAGAGGCAGACUUCGAGUUAUGGACUAUUGUACAUCUUUUACCGAAGUUUCAUGGACUUUCUGGUGCGGAUCCCAACAGACAUCUGUAUGAUUUGGAGAUGGUUUGUUCUUCAUGGAAUCCACUUGGCAUAUCAGAAGAAGAUGUUAUACUUAGAGCAUUUCCAUUUUCAGUAGCAGAUUCAGCAAAAGAUUGGUUGUAUUGUCUCCCACCCAAUUCAAUUUCCAGUUGGACUGAGAUGAAGAAAUUAUUUCUGGCGAGGUUCUUUCCUGCUUCUAGGAUUGCAGCUAUUCGGAGGAGUAUUUGUGGAAUCCAACAAUUCACAAGAGAAUCGUUUCAAGAUUAUUGGGAUAGAUUUAAAAGACUUGUUGCUAGUUGCCCUCAGCACCAGAUAAGCGAUCAGUUACUAAUUGUAUACUUCUAUGAGGGUUUGAUUCCCAUGGACAGGAGUAUGGUUGAUGUGGCUAGUGGAGGGGCUCUAGUUAACAAGACAUCUACUCAGGCCAGAGAACUUAUCGAGAUUAUGGUUGCAAAUUAUCAGCAGUAUGGGACUAGACCGAUGAUUACCGAAGAUGUUCAUUCCUUUGCCAAUGUAUUCCCAACCAGAACCCAGUAUCACCAGCCUGAUCCUCAGUAUUAUCAUACUCAUCAGCAGGACAGGUAUAAUUUAAUUGAAGGAUUCAGGUAUGGGAACACACAACAAGGGAAUUCUGAGUGGUCUCAACAUUAUCAGUUAUAUCUUCAGCAUCAGCCUGAGCAGCAUUUUAGGGAGCAGUUGCAACAAUUUGGACAACAUCAAGAAACACAAUUCCAGGAAAGAACACAAUCAUCGACACAAUUACAGUUGCAAUCAGAUCAACCUACCGCAUCAACUUCUGAGAAGAUGGAUUGUAGAGUUUGUGAUAUUCUUGACUUUUAUUCUGCUUCUCUACAUGACUUUUCUAGUUUUUUACAUUGUGAUGUUGUAGUUGAUCCUGAUAAUGUUGUUGUCGAUGAUAUUGUUGUUUCAGAUGUUCUUGAUGUUGCAGGUGAUAUUUUUGAUGAUGGAAGUGUAGGGGAGAUCCAAGAAUCGCUUCCUUCAAUUAUUUUACCACCAAUUGAGCCUUUUAUUCUACUUAAUGAUGAUGGAAGUGUAGGGGAAACUCAAGAAUCACUUCCGUUAAUUGAACCUGAUCCAGAGCCAGUUCUUUCACCUGACCAAGAUAAUGUCGCAUUUACUGUUUUAGACCCUCCAGGUAUCUUUCAGGAUGGUAAGGUUGAUAUUUCUUCUGAAUUUUUAGGAAAUACCAAGGAGGUAGUUCAUUUUGAUUGUAGUGGAUGUGAUAUGUCUUUUGAUUCAUGCUCUGUUGAUUUUGUUAAUAUUUCUAAUCCUUCUCACACAGCAUGCGUGCAGGAAUUGCAUCCUUUUUUUUUUAGUGUGCAGGAAUUUUUUUAGAUAUUUCAUUUGCAGUCAAUCACGCAAGGAUGCAUUGUACCGAUUGAAGAAAGCCCUAACAUUUUAUGCAAUAAUGAAGCUUCUGGAGUGGACACUCCAACUGAACCGUCUUCGGCCACCGGAGAAAAUUUUUAAGGAGUCAAAGGUGGAGGGAGCGAUCCUCACUUCACCUACAACCAUUCCACUUCCAGAUUGGCUUCUGGAACUGAAUCGACUCCGACCGCCAGAAUUUCAGGGGAGUCUGUUCCAUCUCACUUUCCUUUUUGCUUGUAUAUAUUUAUUUACUUUGGUUGCUUUGUUUGCUUUAUUUGCUUUUGUUUAGUAGUUCAUUUUGAGUUUGCUUUGUCGGUUUUCAUAAUAAAUUCUCUAUGCGUUCUUUUUAUCAUCUUAGAAAUUGUGAAAGUUAGUUAAAUUUGAUUGUCGAAUUUGAUGAUUUAUUGUCAUGAUUGGAUUCUUGGAUUGCAUGUGAUUAC